AUGGCUGCCUCUGGCGAGACGACUCCAGCACCGUUGAAUCGAGUCACCGUCAUGGCGGAGACGAUGACAGAGGGCGUGAUCGUUCCCUUUCAUCGGAUGAUCAUCCUCAUACCGAGAAUCAUCGCGGCCGAGACGACACCAUCUCAUCGGAUGACCGCCCCCAUACCGAGAGCCACCACGGUCUAG